AUGCUUCUUCGAGUGCCAUUGGCACGGAGGCCCCUGUCGCCAAAGACUUGCGCUCGUCUGGUUGCUUCCACAUAUACGCCAUCAACAACAUGGCGGUCCGGAUCGUCAAUUGCCCGCAAGCAGCCAUCCGCUGUCGCAUCCACGCGCCUUGUACAUAACCCAAGACUCGCCCGCGCACAUGCCAACAGCCCAUACACAUCACAGCGUGCACAAAUCAGACAUGCGACCAACCUAGCCUCAAGGACAGCCAUCAAUCCUCCCUCAAACGUUCCCGCAGAAAAUCAACAACUAUAUGCUUCUCUGGACCGGCUGAAGGAUAUCGCUAGUGACUAUGUGAAUCAGAGCAGACUACAACUUGCCUUGCGAGGGCUGGAGACUUCACGACCUACUGUGAGGAUUGGUCUGCUUGGUCUGGGACGAGAUGGAGAUGUUGCUGCUAGGAAACUUGCACGUGUCUUGCUUGCCGAUGCCCUGGGAGACGAGGGUCAAUGGGAGAAGAUGCUUAAGCAGCCAUCGCAAGACGGCAAGCCUUUGCUUCUGAGAUACGGAGCCGAAGACGACAUUCCGCGUAUGAACCCGCUUGUAAAUGAAUUGAACAUCCCAUCGCGUGUCCUGGAGAAGAACAAUCUCGAGAUCCUCAUCACGACUCUAAAUACACCCAGCGGUCCUAACAUUACCGCUGACCCCUCAGGACUGGCAGAAGCCAUCUUGGUACCUCCGUUGCAGACUCCCGUCGCUUCCUCUGGCCGUACAGGCUUCGUCCGCUACCCCGUCCACAAGGCAAUUGUUGUAGGAGAAGGAAUCCAAGGAUGCAUGGACUUUGGUCGUCUUUCCAGUGCUCUUGAAGCCACACCUCUGGGUGUCACAGGUGCAGAACAAGAUCUCAUCCAAGUCGCUCUGAGUGUACCACGCGACAGCCGUCGCACACAAACCAACGACACUGGAUUGAUUUCUCCCGUCGACAUUGAGCAGGCUGGACUAGCUCUCGAUCUCUUCCGCCAGGAUGUCGCCAACGGUGCCAUCUUCAACUCAAAAUGGCAAGCCAGCAACAUACAAGCCAUCAUCAAAUUCAUCGCCUCAGAUCCUAUUGACCCAGUUACUGGUGACUCUGUAGGCUUGAGACCAACUGUACAAGCACAUAUCCGAUCUACCCUCGACUCUGCAGCCGACGCUAUUGCUCUUUCCGAACAAGUCGCUAACAAUGCUGUCAUCUCUAACAGCAUCCCUGAUCAAAAACGCCAGGAGAUCUCACAAGCGAUAUCGGCUUGGGCACAACACGCACACACUGAUCUUCAAGUCUCUCUUGCCAAUGCACUAGACUCGCGGUCCUGGCGACGAACAACCUGGUCACGACUUCUCUGGCGUGUCGACGAUGUGGGCGUUGCCUCUGAGGAAGUGCUACGUUCACACUGGCUGCUAGACGCUGAAUCCACCCUCGCAUUCCUCGCUGGCAGAAUCGAACAAGCAGGAUUCUUCCGGAGCAGAGUCCCUCAACCGACCACUGCAGACCUGCUCAACACCCACGCUCUCACUGCAAAGGUUGCACAAACAGGUGGCAUCGAUAUCUUCCACUCUAGGCCCUGGCCCCUGGCUAUCCACUUUACACGUCAAAAGCUUUUGCAUACUUUGGUUCCUUCCCUGCAAGCCCGCGCUCAAGCAUUGCUUGCACAGUCCCUGACUACCAUCGGCGCAACCUCUGCCUUGGGCGUGUGGCUCUACAUCGCCACCUCCGGCACCAUGCUAGCAGAAUCCGGCGCUAUUGCCGCACUAGGUCUCGUCUGGACACUUCGCCGCUUACAAAAGAAAUGGGAAGGAGAGAGAGAAACAUGGGCAGCCGAAGUGCGCGAACAUGGACGUGUGGUCUUGUCAGAAGUGGAAGAUGUGCUUAGGACGGUUGUUAGAGAAAACGAAAGAGGUGUUUUGAGACAAACUGAUAUUGAGGAUUGGCAAAGAGCCAGAGAGGCUUUGAAGGAGGUGAAAAGGGCUUUGGGGGAUGUAGAGGAGGUAGAGGAGAAAGUGCAGGAGAUUGGGGUUAAGGUUUAG